AGCGCUGAAGCGGAUUGAAUUGUCCUGAGCUGAUCGGAACCGGGGAAGAAGGAGAACAUCUCAACAUAGCCAAGAGGCAGACAGAACGACAACUCAUUGAUACUUGGCCAUGCACUACCAGAGAGUUGCCUUGAAUUUUACGCUUGCCCUGGACUUUUGUACAGAGGGCUGAUGGAAACGCAUCACUCCACACUGCUGAAGAGUUUGAUUUUUAAAGUCAACCCAUCCAUAGGAGCAGUUAUCUUGAUUCUUUCAGCUGAGAAAAGUCUUCUGAUGUUCUCCACAACUGUGAUGAAAACAAAAGCCCCUCCAGUGAGAAACUGAACUUGUCUAUCUGAAAAAUACUAUCUACAGGACUUGUCAUGUCUCCCUUUCUUCGUAUUGGUUUAUCCAACUAUGACAGUGGCCCUUACCUGCCAUCCCAGGGGGAAGUGAUUAACCCUUACUGUGCUGUGAUGGUUAAAGAAGCAGUGGAAUCAGAAAAUGGCCAAGUGUACGUGCAGAAGAAGCCCACCAUGUACCCGCCCUGGAACAGCACUUUUGAUGCCCACAUCAAUAACGGCAGGGUCAUGCACAUUGUCGUCAAGGACAAAAGUGCUGAAAUGGUUUCAGAGACGACGGUGGAACUCAAAGUGCUGGCAGAGAAGUGCAAAAAGAGCAAUGGGAAGACGGAAAUGUGGCUAGAACUGAAACCUCAAGGRAGAAUGCUGAUGAAUGCAAGAUACUUCCUGGAAAUAAGUGAUGCUAAGAACAUCAUUGACUGUGAGACCGAAGGCUUUUUCUCCUUGCACCAGCGGAGGGGCGCCAUCAAACAGGCCAAAAUCCAUAAUGUCAAGUGUCAUGAGUUCACAGCCACCUUCUUUCCGCAACCCACCUUCUGCUCUGUCUGUCAUGAGUUUGUGUGGGGUCUGAAUAAACAAGGCUACCAAUGCAGGCAAUGUAAUGCUGCCAUCCAUAAAAAGUGCAUUGAUAAAGUCAUAGCGAAGUGUACGGGAUCAGCAAUCAAUAGCAGAGAAACAAUGUUCCACAAGGAACGGUUCAAAAUUGACAUGCCUCACCGCUUCAAAGUCUACAACUACAAGAGCCCCACUUUCUGUGAGCAUUGUGGCACACUCCUCUGGGGCCUUGCGCGACAGGGUUUAAAGUGUGAUGCGUGCGGCAUGAAUGUGCAUCACAAGUGCCAAACAAAAGUAGCGAACCUCUGUGGAGUUAACCAGAAACUAAUGGCUGAAGCUUUGGCAAUGAUUGAGAGUACKCAACAGGCUCGCUGUCAACGUGACACUGAACAGAUCUCUAGGGAUGGACCUCUUGAAAUUGGCUUCCCAGUUCUUAUGAAGGAAGUGAUGCAACUUCAGGCAGUACCAGCUUCUACAACAGGAAAAAAAGAACCACAGGGCAUCUCCUGGGAGACUCCAGUGGAGGACACAUCGAAAGGAGAGCCUCUCAUAGAGCCAGAUUCAGGAGGAGAACAGCCCCAGGAGCAGCAAGGACACCAAGUCCAAAUAAAAUUAACCAUUGAAGAUUUUGUCCUGCACAAGAUGCUGGGGAAGGGAAGUUUUGGCAAGGUGUUCCUCGCCGAGCUGAAGAACACCGACCAGUACUUUGCCUUGAAAGCCUUGAAGAAGGAUGUGGUGCUGAUGGAUGAUGAUGUCGAAUGCACGAUGGUGGAAAAGAGAGUCCUCUCCUUAGCUUGGGAGCACCCRUUCCUGACUCACGUCUUCUGCACCUUCCAGACUAAGGAAAACCUCUUUUUCGUAAUGGAAUACCUUAAUGGAGGAGACCUCAUGUUCCAUAUCCAGAGCUGUCAUAAGUUUGACCUUCCCAGAGCAACGUUUUAUGCUGCUGAAAUCAUAUGUGGUCUGCAGUUCCUCCAUUCCAAAGGGAUAAUAUACAGAGACUUGAAGCUAGAUAACGUGCUCUUGGACAGUGAGGGGCACAUCAAAAUUGCCGACUUUGGGAUGUGUAAGGAGAACAUGUUUGGAGAUGCAAAGACGAGCACUUUUUGCGGGACUCCUGACUAUAUUGCYCCUGAGAUUUUGCUGGGGCAGAAGUACAAUUCCUCCGUUGACUGGUGGUCCUUUGGUGUCCUCCUGUAUGAGAUGCUUAUUGGCCAAUCUCCGUUCCACGGUCAAGAUGAAGAGGAGCUUUUCCAGUCUAUCCGCAUGGAUAGCCCAUUUUACCCUCGCUGGCUUGAAAAGGAUGCAAAGGACAUUCUAGUGAAGCUUUUUGUGAGAGAACCUGAGAGGAGACUUGGAGCGAAAGGGAACAUCCGCCAGCAUGCCUUUUUCCAGGAAAUAAACUGGGAAGCUUUGGAAGAAAGAAAGAUGGAGCCUCCUUUCAAGCCUAGAGUGAAAUCUCCGAGUGACUGUAGCAAUUUUGACAAGGAAUUUCUAAAUGAAAAACCCAGACUCUCCUGUGCUGACAGAACACUGAUUAACAGCAUGGACCAAAAUAUGUUCAGCAACUUUUCUUUCGUGAACCCUAAAAUGGAGAAGAUAUUUUCCUGAGAUCUGCCUUACCCAGGGCUUUCCUUACUAAAGGAAUUCUCUGUAAUGGCUUGAGUAACACUGUCAACUGAUGACUGUACAUGGUGGAUUUUACCAAGGACUCACUAGAAAAACACAUCAGUCAAAGCUUGCACCAUGCCUGGAGCUUUUCAYCUUGUUCCAGUCUGUAGCAGAUGCCAGCCACUGUUCGCCAACGACAAAGCCUCUUCAUGUAUCUUUGGUCUCUCUUCUCUCUUUUAUGGGUGUUUUGGCGAUUGAGAACAUUCAAAAAGGAGGAGAUGCACAGCUAGUGGGUCUCCCUGUCAGUCAAACUAAACAUAUUCCAACUUCCAGGAAUGUUGUUGGUGCUUAGUCUUGCAAUUCCCACCACUUUCUACAAGAUGAGAGAUGAGCUGAAGGCCUGAAGRUAUCUGGGUAUAUUUCACAUUGUCCUGGAAACUGCCACUUGCGCAUGAGCGGAAUGGUUCAGAGUAAAAGAUGGAUUCAGCUUUCUGUAAUUUUAUCUUAAAACUGCAUCAGAAAUGAGGACGAGAUUUCCGUAAAUCAUUGUUCAUGAUUGACCUUCAUCAUACAAUUGGCCUUCCUUCAUUUCACUAGCUUGUUUUACUUGGAAGGAAGUAAAUCAGUCCUUCCAACAGCUGAUAGACUUUGUAUUGCUCUAAAUGAUGUACCAACUCUUUGGCAUGCAACACAGACAAGUCAACAAGUGGCACCCAGCARCCAGAGGGCAGGACAGCACACUGGGUGAUCUUAGCCCUCUCCUUCCACCUCAUGAUGUUUUGUUCUCCUUGUGAUCUGUGGAAAUACGGAUCGCCAAACAAAUAAAAAACCGUAGUUGUGGUCCUUUCAUAGUGAUAGCCUCUUAAAUAAAGAUGCACUGAGGCUGGAGAGAUCUGGAAACACCCAGUUACUGCUUGUCACUGACAGUCCGGUUAAGUAUUGGGUCAAAACCCAACCCUYUAGAAAGUCCAAAUCAAAGGAUUCUGUAAUAAUUCAGACUUGGGCGGUCUCUCUGAUGUUA